AUGAGCAUGCGCGGUGUUAAAAUUGUAUUGGUGGGCGACUCCUAUUCGGGGAAGACGAGCCUCAUCCAGAGGUUUGUCACGGAGGAGUUUGUUGAUUCGCACCUUUCGACGGUGGUCUCUUCUUGUUUUCAAAAGGUAGUUCACCUCAAAGACCGCGACAUGAGUGUAAACAUAUGGGAUACAGCGGGGCAAGAAAGGUUUCGAUCACUUGCGGCGAACUUUUUUAGAGAAGCGCAAGGGAUCAUCAUUUGUUAUGACGUCACGUCACCUAAAAGUUUAACGAGUGUCCCUGACUGGAUUCAAGAAAAGGACGCAAAGGGGGAAGACAAUGUCGUUUGGAUGCUAUUGGGGUGUAAGUGCGACGAUCAAAUUAAAGUCGACGAAGAAAAAGUUGAAGAGCUUGUCAAAAAGCACAAUGUCAUGCACAUGAGGUGUUCAGCCAAGACGGGAGAGAACGUCGUCCAAACUUUUACUGCAUUAUGUGAAAAGAUCAACGAGAUUUUACAAGACCCAACUAAUGACCUCGACGACGACACAGACAUCAUCACAACAUAUGAACCGGUCACUCUCGGGAAUUCAACAUCAUCUCAAAAUAAACAAAACAAAUGCUGUUAA